AUGGCUCCCAGCCGCAGGAAAGGCGGUGGUAAGGCUGCCGCCGUAGCUGCCGCCUGUCGACAGUGGAAGGUGGGCGACCUUGUGCUUGCCAAAGUCAAAGGUUUUCCUGCUUGGCCUGCCGCGGUUAGUGAGCCGGAAAAGUGGGGAUAUUCAACUGAUUGGAAGAAAGUGACGGUUCACUUUUUUGGAACACAACAGAUAGCUUUCUGCAGUCCUGCCGAUGUUGAAGCAUUUACAGAGGAGAAGAAGCAAUCACUUUUGACGAAACGCCAUGCGAAAGGUUCAGAUUUUGUUCGUGCUGUGAAGGAGAUUAUAGAGAGUUAUGAGAAGCUGAAGCAGGAAGAGCCAGCUGGUAAUCUCAAAUCUGCUGACGAAGCCACUCUUGGGAAUGCUGGGAGUAUUACACUAAUGCCUCAGGUCAGUGAUCAAACUGAGACUAGUCUCCACACGCAAAUGAGGUCUGAUCCUAGUCACGGUAGAGACGAAUCUACUCUGCUAAAUGAGGAUGCUUCAGCUGCUGAACAAAUGUUGGCCCUGCGUGAUAACAGUGUAUCACAUAACAAAGCCUGUGAUAGUGCAGUUGUUAGAGAACCACGUAAGAUAGCAACAUAUUCUUCAAGGAGAAGAAAUGGAGGGGCAGGACCUCAAAAGUGUGCUCCACAAAAAAAGAUAUGUUCGGUUCAGCGCUCUAAAAGUUCGCCUAGGUUGCAAUCAGAUAAGCUUCACAGCUCCAUGUUGCAAUACAGUGAUGGUGGACAGAAUAUUGAUAUCGUGGAAGAUGGAGCAUUGAGAAGGAGAAAAAGGAUCAGAAGAUCAUCAGGUCAUUCUGAAUCAGAUGAUGUGGCUUCAUCAGCUUUAAAUUUGCAUGGAAGUGACGAAGAAAAUGCCUCUGAAAUUGCGAGGGAUGACUCAGUUAAUAAUACUAGGAAUGAAAGCGACGGGAUAGAUUCUGCUUCCAAAGUCGACUGUUCUGAUACUGGUGGACAGUUUCUCGAAGGAGAUUAUGACAUCAACAAAGGGCUUAAUUUCCAAAUUAAUUCAAUGGUUAAGAGAAAGAAGAGAAAGCCUACCAGGAAACGUGGAACUAGUGAUGUUGUUGAUCCUCGGGUUAAAGUUGAACCAGAAGCAGUUCUUGAGGCUGUAGCACGUGAAAACGUUCAGGCAUCACAAAAUUCUGAUGAAAGGUUAACUGAGAGGCUUUGUGAAGAGAAUGGUGAUGAGCACUUGCCUCUGGUGAAACGAGCCAGAGUCAGGAUGAGUAGAGCAUUUUAUGGUGAUCAUGAGCCAAAUUGCUCUUCGCAGGCUGAAGAAAGAUCAUCCAAGGAUACUCUGAUCAGUGCAACAGCACAGACAAGCCCGUCUGAUAUCGUUUCUAGUCAUGAUACUUCUGCCGGCGGAGAAUCUAAAUUUUUUGAGGUAUCUGCUAAGCGCUCAGGUGAUAUGGAGAACGGAUUGCCGCCAUCUGAGGCUUGCGUUCAGAAUGUGGGCGAUAGAGAACAUGCUUUUGUGUGGAAUGAGCUUAGCAAGGCACCCGUUGAAGAAACAGCUCGACCCCAGUCUAACCAAGUUAGCAGUUUUCCAGCCGACGAGGCUCAGACAGCUAGUGUUCCUGAAGCCGUGUGCUCUGGGGAUUUACAACCCAUGAAGCUGCCAACUAGUGAGUCUGAUCUUCUAGCUGUACAAUGCUUACGUCAAGUUUCUGAAACUGGAACCCUCUUGGAUGCCAAUACUGAGGAUUCAUCUGAAAACAAGACUUCUGGGAUAUGCUCAUUAGAUAUACGGAUACCUCAAAUAUCUGGCGAGCGCAGUAGCCAGGACCAAGUUGCUUGUGAUUCAUUGGACAAUUUUCGUGAACCUCUGAAUGUAGAAGGGGAAAGAAAUGGUGUUUGUGUGGCUCAGAUUGGUCAGCCGGAAGCUUUUGAACAUUCUCCAUCCUCCUGUUUAAUGGUUAAUAAGCAGGAGACUGAGAACAUGCAAAAGGCUGAAAACAUGGUGCUGAAAGAAGAGCUUGGAAGUCUGGGUAAAGAAUAUGUUAAGGUCAAACCAACUCAGACUACACCAAAUCUACCCAUCUCCGCAGCUGAAAGUGAUGUGAUAGUUGAUGAAAGUGAACCUCUAAAUGAAACAGGGUAUAGCAAAUGUGAGGACGCUGCUAAGAACAGUAGGCAGCUCGAAAUAAUCGGUGAGGCUGAAAAUCAAAAGCAGGAGGUCCAAACCAACAAUUCUGUCUCUGUAUCUGAGAACGUUUCACGUGAAAAAAUGAGUUUAUCUCCUGCUAAUAUUGCAGACACUCCGGCAAGGGGGACUCCACAUAGCAACUCAGUUUACCAUAUUUCAACCGCUGAAAGUGCAAAUGAUAUGCAGAACAACAGUAGUUGCAGCCCAAAUGUUCAGUCUGAUGAGAAGAAAACUGUUUGUGAUGCCAUGGUCAAAGAAGAAGAGAAAAUUGUAACAGGUGUAUGUCAGGGACAGAAAGUUGUUAGUCCUGAUGUGCAAUCCACUCGCGAAUCUUUUGAGGAUGCACUUAGUUCAUUGGUGAGGACAAAGGAGAGUAUUGGCCGAGCAACUCGUUUGGCUAUGGACUUGAUGAAAUUUGGUGUUUCUGCAAAGGCGAUGGAGAUUUUGGCCCAUACUUUGGAAAGUGAGUCAAAUUUACAGAGGAGGGUGGACUUAUUUUUCCUUGUGGAUUCUAUUGCUCAAUGCUCUAAAGGUCUGAAAGGUGAUGCUGGUUGUGUUUAUCUUUCAGCCAUUCAAGUAAUUUUACCUCGCCUACUGGCUGCUGCUGUACCUGCUGGAGCUACCACACAAGAAAAUCGGAGACAGUGCUUAAAGGUUUUGAGGCUUUGGCUUGAAAGACGGAUCCUGCCUGAAUCUAUUGUUCGUCACCAUAUAAGAGAACUUGAUUCACAUAAUAUAGUUCCUGCUUGCCUCUAUUCUCGGCGCUCAGCUCGAACAGAAAGGUCGUUGGAUGAUCCUGUGAGAGAUAUGGAGGGUAUGCUGGUGGAUGAAUAUGGAAGUAAUUCAACUCUCCAGCUCCCUGGAUUUUGCAUGCCCGCAAUGCUUAAGGAUGAAGACGAAGAUAGUGACUCGGAUGGAGGGGAUUUCGAGUCUGUUACCCCUGAACACGAGUCCAGAAUUCUUGAAGAAAAUGUCUCGUCCUCCACUGCUGAAAGGCAUACGCUUAUAUUGGAAGAUGUGGAUGGCGAGCUUGAAAUGGAAGAUGUGGCACCGCCUUGGGAAAGUGGGAACUGCACACACACUGAUCAAGCUGAUAAUAGAACAAAGGCUACCAAUUUUCAGCUUCGACAACAGCAUCAGCCUAUCUCUGGCACUUCACAUCAGCAUGUGUCCUUGUCUUCUCCUCCACUGCCAUCUUCCUCGCCUCCCCCUUCACAGCAGGCUCAGUGUGCCAUGUCUGAUACCUACUCAAAUGGCUUUGACAGUGGUGGAUAUCCCAACAUGCAUGUAGAUCAUCAGGCUUGUCCUCCAAGGAUGAACCCGCCACUGCCUGGAAAUACAAUGCAUUAUCAAGGUCCAGAGUCAUCUUAUAGUUCCGGUGUACAACUACCAAAUAGCAUGCCACAGGCAGAUGGUUCUAAUUUCCAGCAUAGGCCUUAUCCAUCUCAUCCACAUCCUCCUCCCCCUCCACCACAGCAUCAAUACUCAUAUACAGAGCCGGGCCACCAUAUGAAGUCGCGUAGGGAUGGUCCAUCGUACUCCCACAGAUCUCAUUAUGUGCCAAGUUUUGAUGAAAGGAAUUUUCAUGAUAACCAUGACCAUGAGAGAAUGAGGCAUGCACCAUAUGAGAACCGAGAUAAUUGGAGAUAUCAACCAUCUUCUUCUUCUUCUUAUGGUUCAAGAUAUCAAGAUAAACACAAAGGCCCUCAUCCAUCCAGUUCAUACAAUGGUGGCCCUCCACGACCUGUUCCAGUUGGAAUGAGAGAUCCUGGCAUGUGGCAACAAAGAGGUGACUAG